AUGGCAUCAUUUGCACCAUCACUUUUCGUAUUUUUCUUCCAUCUCAUUAAUAAUUGGCCUAAACUUGUCGUCUACAUUUUCGAUCAUUCGAUCAGCUCAUCUUUGGAAGAAUUUAUUGAAAUUAAAUGGAAUAGACCUGGGAAAUUAAAGCUUAAUGGAAGAGGCACUGUUUUUGCAAACUCAGCUACCGAUUUCCGGAAAUAUUACGGUUUGGUGCAUUUGUCAGCUUGUUCAAGUUUAUUGCUAACAUGGCAGAAUAGAACGAUUCAAAAUUUUGAGUGGACAAUCUCUGAUCAACAUGGCCAACAAUUUUGUUGGAGUACACGGGAAUGUCAAACGUCUUGGAUUGCUCCAAAACAAUCAAAAUACGUCGUGAAAGUAUCAGUAAAAUUUGUGGACCAUAAAAUUCUCCAUGGAGAAGUGAGCAUCAAAAUUCGAGACUACUGGAUAGGAGUGAUUGGAGAUUCAUUUGCUUCUGGAGAGGGUAAUCCGGAUGUUCCGGCCAAUGCGCUCGAUCAGACGAUGGCAAAAUGGCUUUCAAAUCAAUGCCAUCGAAGUUCUCGGUCCUGGGCCUAUAAAGUGUUCGAACGGCUGAGUAGUACGAUCCUGGAGCAGAACGCGAUACACUUCACCUAUUUGCCGUGUACCGGAGCAUCUGUUGACAACGGAAUUCUGGUUCUCAUUAACAGUACAUCACAGAUCAAUGUGCUGGAACAAAUUACACAGAUAAGAGGCACUGGUCCAGAUUUGUUGAUGAUGUCAAUUGGCGGUAAUGACAUUGGAUAUUCAGAAAUACUCUCGACUCUAAUCGGAGGUCCAACAGGUCCUUUGUUCUCCACGAUUGAUAUGCGCUUCUUCUACACAUCACAUCAGUUGGAUCGAGUUGCUAAAGCUAUUCAAAAACUGAAACCAAGCCAGGUCAUCAUACCGCAUUACUUCGAUCUCACACGCAACGAACGAGGUGUGGUGGAUGCCGAUUGCGCUGACAUGCGACAAAUAAGCACCGAAAACUUGAUGUUAGCCGAGGAAAAAAUUUUGCAACGCAUUAAUGGUCUGAUAACAAAAAAAUCGAAACAAUACGGUUGGACAGCAAUUGAAGGAGUCGCCGAAUUGUUCCAAUCACGCGGUUGUUGUUCUUCUAAUUCACUCAUUAGGAGCAUACGAGACUCAAUUCGAUUACAAGGAAAUAGUUUUGGAGCAUUUCAUCCGAUAGAGGAAGCCCAUCAACAGAUCGCUGAUUUGGUUGUUAAGCAACUGCAACAAUUCGAUAAUUAA